UCCGGGUUGCCGGAGUGGUAAACAAGAGGGGCGUUAAUACGCCCACAACGCGGAUUACAAUCGGAUUAAAGUCCCGCAGAGAUGGCGGGGGAGGCUGACGAUGAGAUACCGGAAUCUGGGGCCGUUUUCACAUUUGGAAAGAGCAAGUUUGCCGACAACAUCCCCAGUAAGUUCUGGCUCAAAAAUGAUGUCCCCUGCAAAAUAUCCUGCGGAGAUGAGCACACCGCCUUAAUAACAGAGAAUGGGAAAGUGUUCAUGUUUGGCAGCAACAACUGGGGCCAGCUUGGUCUGGGCUCCAAACUCACUGUCACCAAGCCCACGUGUGUGAAAGCUCUGAAGUCGGAGAAAGUUCAGCUGGUGGCCUGUGGCAGGAACCACACACUCAUCUGCACAGCUCAGGGAAAAGUCUACGUUUCCGGUGGGAACAGUGAGGGUCAGCUGGGGCUCGGUGACUACGAGGAGAGGACGGCUUUCCACAGAAUCCAGCUCUUUGACUCUUAUGGGCCGAUCAAAAUGAUCGCUGCCGGUUCAAACACGUCCGCCGCUCUCACAGCGAGCGGUAAGCUGUUCAUGUGGGGCGACAACACAGAGGGUCAGAUCGGUCUGGGGAAGGAGAGCCAGGCCUCCUCGCCACAGGAGGUCAGCGUGGGUCGACCCAUCAGCUGGGUGUCCUGUGGAUACUACCACUCUGCAUUCGUGACAGCGGACGGCGCUCUGUACACGUUUGGAGAGCGGGACAGUGGGAAACUGGGGCUGAGCACCGACCAGCUGCCGGGACACCGAGUGCCUCAGGCGGUGAAGAGCAUCCAGGAGCCGGUGAUGCAGGUGGCCUGUGGGGGCGGACACACGGUGGCGCUGACAGAUGAAAACCUGUACACGUUCGGGCUCGGCCAGUUUGGACAGCUCGGACAUGGGACCUUUAUUUUCGAGUCUCGGCUGCCACGUCCGGUCGAGCAUUUCAAAAAAGGACGAGUGUGCCAAAUCAUGUGUGGAGAGAAUCACACAGCAGUCAUUACAGACAGUGGUCUGCUGUACACGUUUGGAGACGGCCGACACGGUAAACUGGGUCUGGGGGAAGAAAACUUCACCAACCAGUUUAAACCUACUGUGUGUCCACGAUUCCUCAAGUACCACGUUCAGGCUGCUUCGUGCGGCGGCUGUCACAUGGUGGUGCUGGCUCGCCCCAGGGAGAAUGACCGUGGCCACGUGACGCUGGAGGAGGAAGACGUGACCGAGGAUUACCUGGAGCGUCCCUACGUGGAGCUGCUGGGGGACACGGCCGAGUCCUCGGCGCUGCAGCGGAGUCUCUCAGCCCGGGUCCGCAGGAGAGAGAGGGAACGAUCCCCGGACCAAUUUGGCAGCUUGUUCCGCACGCUGCCCGCCAUGACGCCGGGCUACCUCCACCCGCCGCUGCCGGUGUGCAGCCACACCAUCCCACCGCAGCUUCCUCCGCCCGACCCCGCCCACAGAAAGGUGCUGAACGGCACUCACCAACACGGGAAACCAGGGUCAAUCCACCAGGAACAGACAGAGGCGGACACAGACAGCGUUGUGGAGAGCCUGACCGACACAGACAGCGUUAAAGGUCUGGGGGAGACCACCGACUUCCUCAACAUGACUCAUGUGAUGAAGAUGGACCCAGGAGAUAAAACACUCACACUGUCUCCCGUUCAGAAGGAUUUAACAAACCGACUCCCUGAGAUGCAGAGCAAAAGCGAGGAAGAUGAAGAGGAGGAGGAAGAUGGAGGAGGAGAAGAAGAAGAAGAAGAAGAGGAGGAGGAGGUGGAGGAAGAGGAGGAUGACACUUCAGCCUCCUCCACAGAGAAGCCAGCAGAGGAGAUUCCUCCAGAGGAGCUGAAGGAGGAGUGUGUGCCUGACGGAGAGCAGAAAGCAGUGGAGCUGUGUGAGCAGACCGACGCCGCAGGGGCAGAAAAGACGGAGGAAGACGAGAAGAAAUCAUCCAGUGUGGCGCAAGACGGCAACUCCAAAACCCCGUCGGGCUCCAACAUGAAGCUCUCUCUCUUCCGACGCCUCUCCUCGUCACGGCUCAAGCAGACAGGAGGCAGAGACCAGACCCUGACGGGGGAAGGCAUCAGCAGGGACGGAGUCCCGGAGGGAGAGCCUCCACCUCCAGGGAGUCCGCUCCGACCCGGAGCCCGAGGGCCUCGCUCUGGUGCCUGCUCCGUCCUGUAGUCCCAGGAACACUGCCUCUGGGGGGCGGUGCCACUUAUCUGGAAACAAAACACACGAACAGACUCCCUGUGGAGCACGGAGCCUUCCAUCCUGACUACAAAUGGCCUUAACUCACCACAUGGACUCCUGGUUUGAUCUCUCUUUCUGCUGCAGUGAUUUGAUCAAACACAAUCUAAAAUAUCCUGGUGUUGAAUUACGAUGCUUUAAAAAAGUUCAAUGCAGGUGAUGACGACUUACUGCAGAUCUCUGUCGAAAGUUGAUUUCUUUUUGUGCAAUUUGAAGUGCUUUAAGUUUAACUGAUGAAGUGAACCAAAACUCUGUUGAAACUGGAUUUUACGGGGCGCAUUCUUGAAUAUUGCCUUCCUUUCUUCGCACCAGCAGAGAAAUUUCAGUGAAUUUUACCGGCUGAGCUUCCUUCUGUGCGUGUGUUUGUGUAUGUGUGUGUGUGUGUGUGUGCACAUUUUCUAAGCUGUGAGAAUGUAAAUAUGAUUAUUUAUUGUGACAUGAUCCAAGAGCACAUUUGCACUUUUGAGGUAGUCCGAACACAUUUUAAAGAGAUGUGUUCCUUUUGUAUUCUGACAUGAUAAUCUCAUUUAAGCUGUAUGCUUUUUUUUCUUUUUUUUUUCUUUUUGUUUUUUACCA